GAAUACCACAUGAGACUUAUGCUCUAGUCCCUUCUCUGUUGGAUCUACCAACAAUGGAGGGUGACAACAGCUUAGGACCAUUGACAGAAGCAGUGCAGGCUCCCCUUUUUGUUCAGAUGGCAGCAGAUAUAUUGCAAGUUCUAAACCUGUUCAAGACUACCCUGGCAGCCCAUUGUCCUCCUGGCAACAUAUGUGAUGCUUUGCAUACAGUACACCAGCGUGCAACAACUCGCGCUGUCCUGCGCACACCCCAUCUCGUCACUUUCAUCCUCAGCGUGUUGCAGAUGGAGAGUGAUGACUUUGACGGGUACACAGUGUUUCAUAAAAUUCCUGAUGUGACUGAAUUCUAUGAGCAUUUUGGUUCAUUUAAAAUCAUUGAAAACAAAUGGACCUUUGUUUCUGAAAAUUUAAAUGAAACUACUCCAAAUGUUUGCCGGAGCAUACCUUCAGUGAAUGUUACUGGUAUGGAUUGCACCUAUUGCUCUAAUUAUGACGAUAUUUAUCAGCAAUAUUUCGAUGAUUUGAGGGAAUACCAGACUCUUCGUAAUAUGGUUGAGUGGAGAUCAGAAUCAUGGGUGGCAGCAAUAGCUUCUGUUUCAGUUGUGGGGGUUUUGUGUUGUAUUGCCAUUGCUACAUUCAUUCUUAUUAGAAUUUGCAAGCGUGAUAUUCUUGAAGGAAACCCUUCUUUUUCCUUUCUUCUUCUUCUGUCUAUAAUUUUCACCUAUGGGUCAAUUCUUCCAUUCUCAUUUCAGGUGGUCGAUGAUCACCACUUCUACAAAGGAAUCUUAUGUGCCGCAAGACUGUUUGGUACAAGUCUAUCUUACGCUUUGCUGUUUUCUAUAAUGCUUGCUCGUAGCCUCAUGCUAGCAUCAUGUGAUCAGGAUGGAGGAUUUAUGAGUCAUAUCAAUGGCUACCACCAGUCAAUUCUGUGUUUCUUCAUUGCAGCCGUACAAAUUGGACUCAGUGUCCAGUUCUGGGCUGUCAAUUGGAGAUUUCUACCAGAGGAUCAAUGUACUCCUUUGACUGAUGGAUAUUUAUUUAUCUUAUCACUGUGUUAUGAUAUGUUUUUACUAAUUUUACUAGUCUGCACUGCUCCCUUCAUAUUGAGAUCAAAGAGAAACUAUCACGAAGGGGGUUAUUUUGCAGGUGGAUCUAUUCUCUGUCUUCUCGUUUGGAUCGGUUGGGUGGGAGGCUAUGUGUUUUUUCCAAAAGAAUAUAAUGACAUUUUUAUUGUUUCUGGACUCUGUGGCACAGCUUCUGUUCUUCUGGUGAUAAUUUUUAUCCCUCGCACAUAUCUAAUGAUGACAGGGAUUGUUCGUGAUCACUUGGCAAGCGCUUUACCCUCUCUUGCCUAUCAAUCAUCCAACAGUGUUGUUGAUGUCAACUAUCGGUCCACUCAGGCUCUUUACGAUUCUGUCAACCCUGUAAGUGUGUCCAGGGGACAAAGCAACCCUAAUUUUUACUCAGACAGACCAAACACCCCUUCUACCUCCAAAAUGGAGACCAUACCUCACAUAAGAACUAUCUCUCCUCUCCCUGACAACACUUAUGAACGGUAUGGGACACCUCCUUCUCCUUUGAAUGUUACUCGGUUUUGAUUUAUUGAUAUGGCAAUGUAGAAUAUUCAUUUAACUUUAAAGACUGCCAUUAAAUAUAUUACUUUUACAGCAAAUAUCAAAAAUAUUGUUUAAUACAUUCACUGCGGCUCUAUCUUGAGUAUUAGGAUUUUAAUAAGACAGCAAGUGCACUAGGGUAUAUGCCGCAGUAAACGUGUUAAGGAAUGAUAUUCAUUCAAGCUGUUUGAUGUUACAAACACGAAUAUAUACAUAUAAGUAUAACAGUUCUAAUUUUGAAACAAAUAGAAAAGUUUUUUUAUAGGACGAACAAAAUAAUAAUGUAUUAUAAAUGUUUCACUUUGACCAUUUAUAGCCGCAAGUAUUUAGAUUACACUUUUAUAAGAUAUUUAUGGACAUACUUGAGGACAUCAGUAUAUGGAUGUACUCAUGUUAUGUAAAAUAUGAGCCUUAAUAUACCAUAAUGAAUACUGUCCAAAUGUGUUCUACCUUUAACACUAAUUUAGUUGUUAGUUGUACAUACAAUUUUUCUAGUCAUAUUAGAGUUUACAGUAAAUUUUGUAAAAGCUCAAUGUAAUAGCUCACAUCAUAUUCCGUCCAUUAAUGUGUAUUUAAGAGCAAUAAUAGACUAACAAUGUAAAUGUCCAUUUUUAUGGUGUAAAUAAUUGGUUUAAAAUCUGUGCCUGUAACUUCUCUUAUUGAGAAACAAUUUUGUAAGGAAUAUAUAGAAUGGAAUAUUAUUUUUCAUCAACUAAAUCGAAUUUGCAAGAAGAUGCUCUAAAUGAGUGCUUACUUAUCCCAAUGUAUAUUCAUGAGACAGUCUUAUGUAAAUACUUACUCUGCAUGCUAGUCUAAUAAUUAAAUGCAGCUAGUGUAUUUAUAUGUCAAAUCAGAAUUUAAGGGAACUGUUACAUAUUUUGUAUAGCAUAUGCAAAAUUCUGAUUUAUUAUAUAGUAUAAGUUGUAUGUUUGUCCUUUUCAUUACAAUGGAAUAGAAUUAUAAGGAAACUACUACAUCCUAAUUACUUUUAUAAUAUAACUAAUACCAUGAAUUUUGUUAAGUUUGUCAUCACUUUCUAGUCAUAUCUAGUCAUACAUAUUUUAUGAUAUUGCAAGUAAUCAUCUCUGUUUAUAAUUUAGUCUAAUGUUUCUCUUUCUGAACAAUAAAAUAUUGUUUUAGAUUUUUA